AUGAGCACGGCGCCGGCGGUGGCACCCUUCCUGGUGCUCCAGGCGCGCUGCGCCCGCGCGUUUGCGACGCCCGUGUAUGUCACGACCGAGCAGCUGCAGCAGAUCCUCCAGAACGUGCAGGCCGAGCUUGAGCGGCGCGCGGCGCUGCAGCGCGGGGCGCCCGAAUCGAAGCGGAACUCGAUCUUGUGCGCCUCGGGCAAGGCGUUGCCCAGCGAGGCGGAGGUGCACGCAUGGGCGCUGCUCGUGCUGCUACAUGGCCGCGGCGCGGACGGCUCGUGGGUCGCCGUCCCGACGCUCGUCGACCAGUGGAUGAACGUCGUGCUGCUGCAGUCGAUCAAGCCGCCGCUCGGGCGGCGGAGCCGCUCGCCCACAUCACGCGGGGCGCCGAAGAAGCGCGGGGCGCCGAAGAAGCGCGGGGCAACCGCAGCAGGCGUGGCGGCUGAUGAGGCGGCGCCACAGGCGCGCGAGGCGCGCCCACGGCGCAAUGCACGUUGA